GGCGGGAGCGGCGCCAUGUCCUGGUACCGGAACACCGUGUGGUUCCUGAAGGGGCUGCGGGAGUACACCAGGAGUGGCUAUGACUCUGCAUCCAAACGCUUUGUUCCGGCAGAUUUGGAGGUAAAUGUAACUGGAAGAUCCUUCAUGAUUACUGGAGCAAACAGUGGUAUUGGCAAAGCAACUGCAACGGAGAUAGCAAAGAGAGGUGGCACACUUCAUCUGGUUUGCCGAAAUAAAGAGAGAGCUGAAGAAGCUAAAAGAGAAAUAACAACAGAAACUGGUAAUCAGGUGAGUUUAGUAUUGAGGUUUUUGUUAAGCGCUUUACCAGCA